UGAUCAAGUGUAGGGAAUAAAUAUAAUGUAUAGCCUAGGCCAAACCUAUGUUACAUCAAGGCCCGGCCUAUCAUCUGCUCUAGUUUUGCCAGGCCUCGUCAAUCGUGUCUUCAUGGUCAGAGUUUAAUAAAAGAAAGCACCAAGGAAAAUGGACAAUUAUCAUAUCUUAGAUAUGAUUGGUGAAGGGUCCUUUGGGAAAGUGUAUAAGGGACGGAAAAAGUACACAGGGCAAGUUGUGGCUCUAAAGUUCAUCCCAAAAACAGGCCGAUCAGAAAAAGAAUUGCAAAAUCUUCGACGGGAAAUUGAGAUCAUGCGGAACCUCCAUCAUGAAAAUAUUAUUGAGAUGCUUGAUAGCUUUGAAACGGACAAUGAUGUAGUUGCAGUCACAGACUAUGCUGUGGGCGAACUCUUCCAAAUCUUAGAAGACGACGGCUGUCUCCAAGAGGAACAGGUGCGCAGUAUAGCCUGUCAGUUGGUGUCAGCUUUAUACUACUUGCAUUCGCACCGCAUCCUGCAUCGAGAUAUGAAGCCGCAGAACAUACUACUUGGCAAAGGGGGUGCUGUGAAGCUGUGCGAUUUUGGCUUUGCCAGAGCUAUGAGUAUCAACACUCUAGUACUUACCUCAAUUAAGGGGACGCCCUUGUACAUGGCACCUGAACUUGUGGAAGAGAAGCCAUAUGACCACACUGCUGACCUUUGGUCACUUGGGUGCAUCUUGUAUGAGCUUGCUGUAGGAACGCCGCCAUUUUAUACAAACAGUAUCUUCCAACUGGUUAGCCUUAUCAUUAAGGACCCUGUAAAAUGGCCGAAGAACAUGAGCUUAGAAUUCAAGGACUUCUUACAAGGUCUACUCACCAAGAAGCCCAGCAAGAGGUUAUCAUGGCCACACCUUCUACAUCAUCCGUUUGUUUCUGAAGGCGUUACAGCUGAAAAACCAACGAUCGACAUUCCAUUUACGGAGGAGCCGCCCCCAGAAGUACAAGCAGCCAAAGCUAAAGCUGUGAGGGAUAAGACAACCAAUGUACCAGCUGGUACCACGAUAAUGAAUAAACUUAAAGGAAGACAACCUAAAGAAGACCAGGCUGCACCCAAACAAGAAGCUUGGAGCAAGAGUAAAAAAGGCAAAAAUGGGAAGGCUGAAGAGAAUGCAAAUAAGCAUACUGAUCCAACUCCACGACAAGACCGCACCCCGCAUGAGAAUGCGAAGGCACCGUCGUCGGUAGAAGGUCGUAAACUAUCAGGCAAGAAACACAAGGGUGCUAACACUAGGAAAAGUAUUGAGCAAGUACAAUUUCAAGAUGAGGAAAUGGACAGUGAAGAAGAAUGGGAUGUGCUGUGUGAUUCCACUACAGACCCCAGCACAAUUGAAGGUUUCUUGAAUGAUGAAGAAUUCAUCAAGAGGAUUUUAAGCCGACUGGAAUCAACAUCAUCACAAGUUUUACAAGGGAUGCUUGAGGGCGCUUCACGGUUGCGUUUGGUUGUGAAAGUGGUGAAUAACAUAUUGCUAUAUCAUGGAUCUCUUGAAGUACUAAAGAAUUUUGUAGCCAAAAUAAAAGUUCCUCAGAUACCAUUAGAUUUAUUGAGCAAACUGAAAAACAAGAAAGAUGUACAACAACAACCUUGGUGUGUUCAGAUCCUGAUUGACCUGGUUGGCUUGGUAACAGCCUACACAGUCUCUGACAUUGGGUCACAACUCGAUAUAGACAGCACAAAAGAAGUAAUGGAAUCAGCUCUCAGUUUUGCCAGUCAGUUGCCAUGGUUACUGCAUAUGAAAGAAGAUGACCGUCUGACGUUGAGAGCAUCAGUAAUUUAUUGUUUUCUGUACCAGUGUGAGACGAUGGACAGAAGCUCUGAGGAAUUCUGUACAGGCUUUUAUAAUAGCUUGAGCUCAGCCCACAAGGAUAUCAUCCCUGCACUUCUUCAAACCCUUGUAGAGGACAAGUUAACUAUAAAACAAUUGCAAGAUACGCUGCCAGAAGGUGAAAAUGCUAUAGAACGUUGGGACCAGCUGUGUGGGCUUGGCGUUGGGGCGCUUGCUGAGUUAGUGUUCUUACAUAUUGGCCUGCCAACCAUUGUGAUAGGAAAACGUAAGAUGGCUAUUUGCGUUGGGGAGCAGAUGGCAGAGAAGACCGCCUUGUCUGAAAACUUCUUCAAGUUUCUUACACAUUCAGAUUUUUGUGAAAAUACAUUAAAGACAAUCUACUUUACCUGUCAGAUGUCUCAAGAGUUCUGCCAAUUAGUAGUCAACAGUCAAGUUGCAUUGCCAUCGUUGAUUAUGAUAUUGCAGGGAAAGAUUGAUAUUGUGGACAUGAGUCAAAACACUGUAUAUGAAAUGGUUUUACAAACAAUAGCAACACUCAUAAUCCAACUACAAGAUGUCCCACAAGGAGUUUUCCAAGCAAGCGUUGUAUUUGCUGCCAUUCUUUUGGAUUCUCAAAUUGCAAGUCAAACUUCUGCUGCAGCAUUGCUGAUCAGUCAGCUGUUGUUUUAUGGAGUGUCGAUAGAGUUGCCUACUAAAGACCUACUGCAUGCGAUGCAUUCUGCACUCACGGAUCUAUCACAGAUUUGCAUCCGUUGUCCGUUUGAUUACGGUGUUCUGGAUGGAUUGAUUCUUCUUCUGUGCCAGUUCCUCUCAGUUGAAGAAAAAACCGCCAGUCAGCUUUUGAUUGAGUCAGGUGUUUGGAAGAUGAUGUGGUACAGGUUGUCCCAGGCACUUGGCAUUAAUAAUGAUGCUGAUAACAGUAUGCCAUUGCAAGAUCUGGAGGAGGAAUUAGACCCCACCUGUCAGCCUGACUGGAAUCUCAUCUCACCAUCGGCCCUCAUGGCAUCAACUCAAAUCAUCAUGAUUGUAUUCACUAGUGAACCAUUUCAAUGUUGUUCUCAACUAGUGGAUACCGAAGGCAUUGUGAUGAUAUGUAUCAGCACGCUGAUCUCAACAGACUUCCUUCAUCAGCUUGCCAACUUCACUAGUGAAGAGUUUGAUUUUAAGGACAUGGUGGUGUCACUUGUGCUGCAGAUCUCUCAGCUUCUUUGUUUCCCAUUUGCGCUUGACAUCAGUGACACUCUGGUUGAGGACAUUCUCUCAUCUUAUCAUCAAAGCCUGUUGCUGCCUAAGCUCUUAGCAGCCUGCCUCUUAUACCUGGAACCAGGAACAUUAGAGGUACCUGUAGGUCUUAUGUCAAGAUUAGUUCUGAGUGAUGAACUCUUUAUUUCACAGUUUGUUCAAGCCACUGCUAAUUUCAAGGCUGAACCUCUCAUAGCUGGUCUUCUUUCAAGUUCUUGUCCAGAAACCGUCCAGGCCGACACGCUUUCCAUUUGCAGCCAUCUGGCACGUAGCUCGUCCGAUCAUAUGCCCUUACUCCAACAGGUUUUGACAGGCAAGCAGAAGAAGUAUGAAAGCUUAGCCCAGCUGCUGGACAGCAAGGAUGAUACUGUACGAUCACGGGCUAGUGGCCUGCUUGGCAACAUGUUGAAACAUUCAAAUGAAUUCCUUCCAGUUGCCAAGGGAACAUGUCAGUUGACUGUUUUAACAGUGAAGAAUCUGUCAGAUGAAAACAGUGAUGUUAGGAAAGCUUCAAGUUUUGCAGUAGGUAACGCAGCCUAUCACAAUAGUAAUCUAUAUAGCCAACUCUCUAGUGCAAUUCCACCUCUUGUUCAGCUUCUCAAAGAUUCCGUCUCCAAAAUCAGGACAAAUGCUACAGGAGCACUUGGAAAUCUAGCCCGCCACUCCAAUAAAUUAAUACCUGCACUUAUCAAAGCUAAGGCACCGGAAAGGUUGUUAGAAGUUGCUUGUUAUGAUUCCCAGUUCAGUUGCCAAGAAUCAGCUCUCAUGGCACUUAGAUCGAUGGCAUCUUAUAGUCAAGUCAAACAGUACCUUCUUAAACAUCAAGCUGUUGAUAAGCUCUCGAACAUGACCCAUGCUGUGAGGUCAUCUGGGACAACGACACCCUCAAGUUUACCUUCAUCUGCUCGCAGUGGACGGAGUAGUACCACGGUAGUAUCUCACCAUUGCAGUAGGUUACUGCGUAUGCUGCAGUCCUCUAGCGCUACUGGUAAAUGAUGAUACAAAAAUAUGUUAGGCAGUAGUAGAACUCACCAUAGGUUACUGGGCAUGCUUAGGUCAGUAGAUGAUGAAGCAGUCAAUAUUGUAAUGUAUUUCAUCUGUUGUUUAAUAAUUUGAAACCAUUUUAAAAACAGGGCUCAUUGAGUCUUCGUCUGUUGACUUUUUAAACUGAAUGCAGGGUGGAUCCAGGGGGAGCUAGGAGCCCCAAAAAACUCAUCAUUUUACAGGGGUGUCAUGGAGGCGCAAAGCCCUUCUGUGGAUGCUUUCCCAGGUGGGCAAAUAUACACGAGAUAAGACAAAGGUCUUGUUUUGGAUGAUUUACGUGAUGUUUGAGUGUGAUGUUUAGUUGUUAGGAUACCAGAGCUGUUUCAAAGUGCAAUUAAUAAUGUAACAUACUGUAAUCAAAGUAAAGCUAAUUAUUGAAUGUUUUACUUUAUUUAGACAAUGAGAAAUUAAAUAUGGCACACACAUAGCAGGAACUUACACCUUAAACCAGGGCCACAGCAAUAAUUUUGGGAUCCCAAUGGCAAUAAAUUUACACAAUAUCAGGGAUCUAACUCUUUCUAUGAUUGAUUUCAAUGCAAGUGGUUCCUAAUUUAUGUUCAGCCUGCAAAGCCAUGUAUAUUUGUGUCCUUUCUAAUAGGAUUGAAUGUUAAGCUCGGUUUCCAUACAAUCGCUGCACCGUUUUCACUGCAAUUCUUGCACUGCACAGCUGUCUCCGAUGCAAAUCGAGAAUGUUCCCCGAUUCGACUGACCAGCCAGCGUUGCCAAAGGAGUCGGCGACAGCGUGUGGCGAUUUUUAUGGAAACCAGGCCUGAGUAAUAAAAGAGCAGCUUAGCUCAGUCAGCUAAACUGGUAGUUUCCACUGCACAUUGAAGAAGGCAGUACACUAUUAGGAAAAAGAUUACCUGUAGAGGGUAUGUAGUGCUCGUUGUUUGUGUUGGGGGAGGGGGGAAGUUGUGGGUGGGUAUUUAUUGUUUUUUAGUCAGUUCAAUAACAAUAAGUAAAUUAAACCUUGAUGAAUGACAUUCCAAUCCUACAAGCUUUGUAACAUAGAUCUAUAUUUUGUUUCUUAUUGCAAUUGUAGAAAUAUAUGGCAAGAUGUACAUAUUAAAUGCUUAAUCACUGCUACCUAAA